GCAGCGCUUUGCGUGAGUUCAGUGUUUGCAAAUAUAGAGUGAUCUCAACAGACGGACUAGCGGACUCUGAGCAAAGCGACGGCUGCACUGCGUUGCUAUUGCACGAAGAGGACGCUUGCUUGUCACAAUUUGUCCUUGUUUAAUCAAGAUAUUUUUUUUCUGUCUUUUAUUGCCUGAUACUUGGGAUUGCAAUGGAUGUUCUACCAAUGUGCAGCAUAUUUCAGGAACUUCAGAUCGUUCAUGACACUGGCUAUUUCUCUGCAUUGCCAUCUCUUGAAGAAUACUGGCAACAGACCUGUUUGGAGCUGGAGAGGUAUUUGCAGAGUGAGCCGUACGUCUCUGCGUCUGACCUCAAGUUUGAGGGCCAGGAGGAUCUUUGGAGCAAGCUUAUCUUGGCUUGUGGAGAUAAGGGAGAUGGGAACGGCAACCUUCCCAGCGUCAAGGAGGAUGACAAUCAGGACUGCCAAAUAUUAGAAACCAACAGCAUGAAUUCGGAUGCCAGCAGCGAGGCGUCUGACAGUUCGGAGGAGCUCUCGCCCACUCACAUCUUUACUUCCAACCCGCUGGGCUCGGUUCUGACGGAGUCAGCACAUCACUUGAGUUCCUCUAUCAUCAGCACGCCUCCGUCCUCGCCAGAGACGCCCCAGGAGCCCGGUGUCCCGCAGGUGUGGGGCUCCACGCAGACUGACUUGCACGUGCCGGUGAAGAUCCGGCAAAACGGACUGGGGAAGGCCUCGGAUAAGGCUUCCGCAGGAGGGGACGCCUCUCCGGACGGCAGGAGGAGAGUGCACAGGUGUCACUUCAACGGCUGCCGGAAGGUUUACACGAAGAGUUCUCACUUAAAAGCACAUCAGCGGACUCACACAGGUGAGAAGCCGUACAGGUGUUCAUGGGAAGGCUGCGAGUGGCGCUUUGCGAGGAGCGACGAGCUAACCCGACACUUCAGGAAGCACACCGGUGCAAAGCCAUUUAAAUGCAGUCACUGUGACAGGUGUUUCUCCAGGUCGGACCACCUGGCCCUGCACAUGAAGAGGCACCUUUGAGCGGGCCGUAGCUUCACGCUGGGGAUAUGUUGUGUCCUGACCAGCUUCCUGGUUGACCUGGCCCUGCAAGAAAUGGGGGGAGUGUGUUCCAGCCAAAGCAUGCCAUUUUGCACCAUAUCCUGUGCCUCCGUGAGCCCCGGGAUGAAGGCGGACUGACUGGUUGUUGAAACAGAAAAGGAAGGGACAAAAUCAUGUAUGAAGAAUCGAAGAGAGGAGGAUGAUUUAUAAAAAAAAAAUGAAUAAGUUUCCAAAAAAAAAA